GUGAUAUUUAAAAGGUUGGGACAAAGCUUUCAAAGACAGAGAUGUUGAACAAUUUCGCCUGGAUAAAGUUAUUGUUUUUUGGAAGAAAAAAAAUAAGUUACUGUUUUCAACAAGCAACUGUCUUACAAAUAGAAGAAACAAAGAGACAACUUUUAACGACUAUGAAAUGGUGAAGAUGUCCUCAAGAACUGAAGASAAAUCAACUUGUUGACAGCCAGACAAGUGUUGAACUUGCUCGCUAACGUUAACAAUGUGAAUACAGAUCGCUUUGCAAUCUAUUGGACCGCAGGGGACCGUCCGUCACCAAUAGCUGAUAUAUUUCAUACAUUUUGGACGCUUAAGACCGUGRUAUUACCAUUACUUUAGCUAGUUAGGUAGUUAACUAACUCGACAGCUGUGAACUGUGAACAGAGCUUUCUGUCUUGAGUUAAGAGAGGCAUUAUUUUCCUCAGUAGUUAUGUUUCCGUUAGAUUCGACGUGGAAUAUUUCAUUUGCAGGUUGCGGUUUCUUAGGCAUCUAUCAUAUCGGUGUAGCGAGUUGUCUACAGGAACAAUGUCCGUUUCUAGUCCAUAAUGCCCGGCACAUCUACGGGGCAUCAGCCGGGGCGCUCACCGCCUCCGCGCUGGUCAGCGGAGCUUGUUUAGGYGAGGCAGGUGCCAACAUCAUUGAUGUGGCCAAGGAUGCCCGGAAGCGCUUCCUGGGGCCCAUGCACCCAUCCUUCAACCUGGUGAAGAUCAUGCGUAACAUGCUGUAUAAAACCCUGCCACCCGAUGCCCACCAUCGUGCCACAGGGAGGCUGGGCAUAUCACUGACCAGGGUGACCGACGGAGAGAACGUCUUGGUGUCCCACUUCAACAGCAAGGAGGAGCUGGUGCAGCGUUACGUGGACGGUGGUAUCAGUGAUAAUCUGCCUCAGUAUGAGCUAAAGAACACCAUAACUGUGUCUCCGUUCUCUGGAGAGAGUGACAUCUGUCCUAGAGAUAGAUCCACCAACAUGCAUGAACUACGAUUCACCAACACCUCCAUCCAGUUUACACUCACCAACCUCUACAGAGUGUCCAGAGCUCUGUUCCCCCCUGAGCCACAG